CGUGCGUCAACUCAAGCGCCGUUGAGCAUAGUAUCACACCGGUGUGCUUGGCGCUUGCGUCAGACGGCAGUUGGUUAAUGACGAGCUCAUACUAAUUUAUUUAAACAAUAGAUAGUUACUAGAUAGUGAACGUUUUUUAUUUUAUUAUAUUUAAAGUAAGUAUUUUUACUUAUACAGAUAAUUGAGAAUGAAAAACGUUUUUUCGAACGGAGUAUUACAAAUGGUUUUCAUUGAAUAUAGCGCACUCCUAGACUAUUUUAAAGAUGCUCAUCGUUGAAACGCAGUACUAAUUUUGAAUAAUAACUAUCGCAAUUUGGAUGAAAGCAUGAGGGUGUUCUAACAACUAUUCAUUGAAUUAUUUUGUUUACUAAUUCAGUACUAUAUAGACGCAAGCAGCAGCUAUUCGACGGUACCACUCAGCUAAUAUAGUACGAUGGCUGCAUUGGACUAUACGCAAGUAGACUUCAAAAGACUUAUGAACAGAACAUUAGUGUCCAAGAGUUUUGCCGACAAGGAAAAAAAAUGCAGGUUCAUCUUGCGGUUUGUUCCAGACAUCAACAUUAACAGCUGUUGCGAGACCGUCGUCGAAAUAUUGUUGUCGUUGGAGACCAUUCUUGUAGACUUGGGCUGGACCGGAGACAGACCAGAACAACAAGAUCUAAACCCGGACUGGCACAAGGCUUUGUACGCUAAAGUAUUGCAAUUGAUCGAUUAUAAGUCCAAAGCAAACGUGAUCGAGGACGUGUGCGAGAAAGCCGCUAGUUACGGGCACCAGCUCUGCUUGAACUUGGCGCGGUAUUUGGGCGUCCCGUGGCACAGCCCGUUGCCCUAUGAGUACUCAGCGUGCGACCUGGCUGCGGGCAUAGGCGACUUGAACUGCCUGAAGGUGGCGUUCUACGAAGGCAGUCGGCGAAACAAGUCGACGUGCGCCGCUGCUGCGGCGGACGGACACUUGGAAUGUCUACGAUUCUUGCAUGAGAAUGGGUGCGAAUGGGACGUCGAGACAUGCAACCAGGCCGCGGCCGGCGGACACCUGGAUUGCGUAAAAUACGCCCACGAAAACGGGUGCGAGUGGGACGAGGUCGCCACGAUGCAAGCGGCCGUCAACGGCCAUCAAUCCGUGCUCGAGUACUUGCACGAGAAUAAUUGUCCUUGGGACGAAGUAACGUCCUAUCACGCAGCGAUAAACGGACAUUUGGAUUGUCUGUUUUAUUGUUACAAAAACGGGUGUCCUUGGGAUGAGGCGACCUGUAGAUAUGCCGCAACUUACGGACACAUAGACAUUUUGAAAUUCGCUCGCCAAAAUGGGUGUCCUUGGGAUAAAAGAACGACUGAAGAGGCUGCGAGGACUGGACAGUUGGAGUGUUUGCAAUAUUGUCACAAUAACGGUUGUCCCUGGGACGAGGCCGUUUGUUAUCAAGCCGCACGUAACGGUCACUUGGGCUGUUUAAUAUACGCCCACGAAAACGGUUGUCCUUGGGACUCCAGAACGUUUAACGAGGCUUUGUCGAACGGAAAUAUAGACUGCUGGAAUUAUGCGUUCAACAAAGGAUGUCCACGAGAAGGCGAGCCGUUCAUAUUGCAUCUUCCGAACACAAAUAAUGAACCCGAACGAACUCCAAUUGAUCGCCACUUGCAUAAACGUUCCAAGAUUGAUAAAUAAUCGUCUGCGAUUAUUAUUUGAUAAUAAUAUUUGUUUUCAACUAUUAUCAUACUCCCUAAUAUAUGUAUAAGUAAUUUGACUCGUCAUUUUUAACAGAUUAUAAAUUUAAAAACGAGUAACUAUUAUUUGUAAAAAUUAUCUCAUAAUAUUAAAAACUGUCUUAUUGUAUAUUAAAAUAUGGUAAAUAUUUUUAAGAUCAUGUAGAUGGGUAUUUUAAUAAUAAUUGUAUUGUCGUACAAAUUCAUGGGUUGUAUUUUUACUUAUAAUAAACAUAAAAUGUUCUGCUUAUAAAAGAAAUUUCUC